CUCUACUGUAUUUCAAUCACCGACUCUUUUGAGGUGGGCACGGAUCCCAUUUAGAAAUUUCGGUUCACGUGUGCCGCAGGGCGGAUGCCACGGAUUGCACCAAGAGAUCACCACCUUCAACAAGCAUUCUCGUUGGCUCCUUCAUUUUUGUGGUUGUUUCUUUCCUUCCCUCUACGACUGUACACCCUUGAGCUCUAACUAGCUAGCAAAAGCAAAGAUGUCCUCCCGCCCCGUGGCUGCAGCUCUUCCUGCCUCGGAUGUCCGCAAGUACAAGUUGGUAUUUUUGGGUGACCAAGAGUCAGGCAAGACGAGCAUUAUUCAACGAGCGAUCGAUGACACGUUUCCCAAGCGGUACUUGGCGACAGUCGGUGUGGAUUUUGUGAGCAAGACGAUGAAGAUCCCCAAUGAAGAUGACGACGGCGAAUCGAAAUCCGACCCGCGUCACGUCAAGCUUCAACUGUGGGAUACGGCGGGUCAAGAACGGUUCAAAGCGAGCAUUCCAUCGUAUAUUCGUGAUUCGCACGUGGCGGUGAUUACCUUUGAUAUUAGCAAUCGCGAGCAAUUCGACAAUAUUCAAAAGUGGAUCAAGGAAGUACGGGAAAUUCGGGGAGAUGAUGUCGUCAUUUGGUUGGUCGCUACUAAAGUCGACAUGCCAUUGUAUGAUCGAAAGGUGUCUUGGUUGGAAAUGGAAAAGACGGCACUGCAAUCCAAAACCGAAUUCAUGCAAGUGUCUGCCAAAGCUGGUUAUAAUAUUCGAGAAUUGUUUUAUGAAAUGACACAGAAAUUACCAAGAGUACAGGCAGAAACCAAACUCACCACCAGUUCGGCAAGGUUCUAGAAUACACACAAACAAAAAACAUACACACACACACACAACAACGGAUGGAAGCUUUGGGUGAGCAGGGGAGCCUUCGAAUAAUAUUCAAAAUGAAUGGAAAAUGUAUGACCAAGUGCCAGCCAGUACGGUACACACAAAAGAGGAUCACAAACAACAACAACCAGGCUAUCUUUUUCCCAAUUUGUGGCAGCCACUCAAGAGAAAUGUAACGACUAGUAUUGCUAAUUUUGGUUGUCUU